UGUAAAUUGUGCUUCCUGGUUUGUCUCCACUUAAAAACCAGAGACAUACACAGAUAGACCAAGAAGACGACUGCUUCCUCUAAUGGUUAGGUCGUGAAUACGGCGCCAUUAAAACGCUGCGUUUUAUCUUCGUCACCUCCUUUUCCUUCGCCUAAUUCUCUAAGUCAUCGUCUCUAGAACGGUUCCUACAAUUAAUGUCGAACUCUUCCUAAACCCUUUACUUCACAUUUCCUUCUCUUUCUCUUCCUCCGUCAAAAACCCUAAUUGAUUCGUCUUUCUGGUUGCGAUUGAAAUGGAUCCUUGUCCAUUUAUCCGUCUUACGAUCGGGAAUCUAGCUUUGAAAGUUCCUUUAGCGGCGAAGACUACGAGCUCCGUCGUGCAUCCGUCGUCUUCUCCUUGUUUUUGUAAAAUCAAACUCAAAAACUUCCCGCCCCAAACCGCCGCAAUCCCGUACAUUCCUCUGGAGACGACUCAGUUUCCGGAGAUCCAAACCCUAGCCGCCACGUUUCAUCUCAGCAGCUCCGAUAUUCAACGCUUAGCUUCCAGAUCUAUUUUUACUUCUAAGCCAUGUCUUAAGAUUUUGAUCUACACCGGAAGAGCCGGCGCUGCUUGCGGCGUACACUCCGGUCGUCUUCUGGCGAAAGUCUCCGUACCGUUGGAUCUAUCUGGUACGCUAUCUAAACCGUGCGUCUUCCACAACGGAUGGAUAUCAGUCGGAAAAGGAGCUGGGAAAUCGUCGUCGUCGGCUCAGUUUCACCUGAAUGUGAAGACGGAGCCUGAUCCUAGAUUCGUUUUUCAGUUCGACGGCGAGCCUGAAUGUAGUCCUCAAGUCGUUCAGAUUCAAGGAAAUAUCCGGCAACCAGUUUUCACAUGCAAAUUCAGUUGCCGGCACACCGGUGAUCGUACUCAGAGAUCAAGAUCAUUGCCGACUGAGACAAGUGUUCCACGGAGCUGGCUAAACUCUUUCGGGAGUGAGAGAGAACGUCCUGGGAAAGAGCGAAAAGGAUGGUCCAUAACAGUUCAUGACUUGUCCGGUUCUCCAGUGGCCAUGGCUUCAAUCGUCACUCCGUUCGUUGCAUCUCCUGGAACCGAUCGUGUGAGCCGGUCAAACCCUGGGUCAUGGCUCAUCCUGCGUCCUGGAGAUUGUACCUGGAGACCGUGGGGGCGACUAGAAGCAUGGCGGGAACGCGGUGGAGCAACUGAUGGUCUCGGUUACAGAUUCGAACUCAUCCCAGAUGGAUCAAGCGGUGCAGGAAUCGUGCUUGCGGAGUCAACCAUAAGUUCUCACAGAGGUGGGAAAUUCUCAAUAGAAUUGGGAUCGUCGUCUUCUUCAUCGUCGCCAACAAGUGGCGUGAACCGAUCAAGAAGCCACAGAGGUGGGAGCAGUGGAAGCGGUGGAGGAGCAUCGCCGGCGAAUAGUCCGAGAGGAGGGAGCGGCGAUUACGGUUACGGAUUGUGGCCGUGGAACGUGUACAAAGGGUUUGUGAUGUCAGCAAGUGUGGAAGGUGAAGGAAAAUGUAGUAAACCUUGUGUAGAGGUGAGUGUGCAGCACGUUAGCUGUAUGGAAGAUGCGGCUGCUUACGUGGCGCUUUCUGCAGCCAUUGAUCUAAGUAUGGAUGCUUGCAGGUUGUUUAAUCAACGGAUGAGGAAAGAGCUUUGCCAUGAGUCACUGAGCUGAAGAAAAGAUAAGAAUUUUUUGUUUUUUUGUUUUUUUUUGUUUCUGAAAAUUUAGAGUCACAAAUAGCCUUGGGAGGUUUUUUUCUUUUUUGAAAAAAAACUUCCUGUAAGGCGCUAUCAAAAUAGGAUGUACAUAGUGAGCUUCUAUUUUGGACUUUGUGUGGCUGGCUUCUCGUACUGGGUUUCUUUUUUGUUGGGUUUGGGUUCUACGAGUGAUUUGAAGAGUGAAUUUCUUGGUCACUCUUCUUUUGCCUUUGAUUUGAUUAUGUAAGUGUAUAAAUUAGAAAAAUCGAAUUUAGAAUCUCUGGAUGUAAAAAAACACAUGAGAUUAUUUGCUUGGUUUGCUUUUUUUUCCUUUUAUGUGUUGGAUGUUCAAUGUCCACUGUGGGACUUGAGACAAUAAACUUUAGUUGAUUGUGGGA